AUGCUCCAGUUUGUAAACUCCCAUAAGAAGGUGGAAAGUGUCUCAUUAGCCAUCAAUGUGAUCCAGCUGGCUCAUCUCUACGACAUCAAGCCAUUGCAGGUAAGUCCUGAGAUAAUUCGUACUAAAAAGCCUCAAUUUUGUCUAUAACAACGGCAUAAAAAGCUUUAAUAUUGUCUUUAUCAACAGCUUUUUAAGAGUCAAAAACAAUUUUAUACUUAUAAAAUUAUUUUCAGCUUCAAUGCGAACUUCUGCUCAUGGAGAACUUGACGAUGAGUGAAGUCGAAGAGUGUGAGAGGAUUGCCAGCAUGUUGGACUUGAGUUACCUUGCAACGAAAUGCGCCGAAAUCCGUUUCUUUAACUGUUUGAAGGUAACUACAGAUACUGACGUCACUCACGAAGAAGACGAACAAAUUAUCGUUUCUGUGGUUUGCGGUAAACGCAGCAACAAAGUUCUGCCUACAGUUCAUCUGAAAGGCCGUACGAACUUUGAGUUAAGGAUUAAAAAAUGUAAUCAAUUUGCUAUUGAGUUUAGAUGUGGCAUAAUGCCAAUUGAAUUAUUUGAAUUCACGACAUUAGAUGCUGAAACUGAAGUUAAGCAUUGUGUUAACCUGAAUCAAAAAGACGAUUUAGGUGAUCGUUUCUUCUUCGAGUAUAAGAUUAAGGAUACGAACAAAGCUUACUUCCAGUAUUUCAGUAUUUUUUAUUGA